AUGGAGAUCCAGGACAAAGUGGAGCUCUGUUUUCCACAUCUCCUCAACACAUCCUGCAGGAAGCCCACACUUCACUGGUUUGAAGCUGUGCUCCUCAACAUUCUGCUAUCUUCCAUCUCUGUGAUCACAGUGGUUCUCAACCUGCUGGUCAUCAUCUCAGUCUCCCACUUCAGGCAGCUUCAUACACCCACUAACAUCCUCCUCCUCUCUCUGGCUAUGUCAGACUUUCUUGUGGGCCUGCUGUUGAUGCCGGUAGAAAUCUUUAGGAAAACAAACUGCUGGAUAUUUGGAGAUGCCCUAUGUUCUCUUUAUUGUUAUGUGUGCGUCAACAUUAUCUGUGCUUCAAUAGGAAACAUAGUCCUCAUAUCGAUCGACCGUUGUGUGGCUAUUUGUUAUCCUAUGCAUUACCCCAACAGAAUCACUGUUUCAAGAGUCCAAAUCAGUGUCUGUGUUUGUUGGCUUUAUUCUGCUUUCUACAGCAGUUUUUAUGUGAAGGAUGUCCUCAUUCAACCAGACAGCACUAAAUUCUGCUUUGGAGAAUGUGUGCUUGCCAUUGACUAUAUUACAGGAACUAUUGAUUUUGUUUUAAAUUUUAUUAUUCCAGUUACUGUCAUCAUAGUUCUGUAUCUGAUAAUAUUUGUGGUGGCUGUGUCUCAGGCUCGUGCCAUGCGCUCUCAUGUUACAGCUGUCACAGUCCAGAUUUCAUUGACUCUGACAAGAAAGAAAUCUGAGUUGAAAGCAGCCAGGACUCUUGGUGUUCUGGUAGUUGUAUAUCUAAUUUGUUACUGCCCUUAUUACUUUUAUGUUGCUUUUGAGGACAAUGUGAUCAGUAAUGCAUCUGGGUCCGCUGUCGUCUUCUUCAUUUAUUUCAACUCGUGUUUAAACCCUGUCAUCUAUGCACUGUUUUACCCCUGGUUUAGAAACAGUGUUAAACACAUCGUCACUCUGCGGAUACUGAAGCCUGACUCCUGUGAGGCCAACAUACUGUAGAGAGACUAUGAAAGUUAUAAAAUGAUGCAAACUUUACAAGGAUUACCGUAACAAUUAACUGUGGGGUAAUACUGAUGUCAUUGCUACUUCAGGAAGUUUAAUUUAAUGAAGUAGUCUAUAUAAAGAAACUGCU